AUGGCCCAGUCGCAGUGGGAUCUGAUGACACCAUUUCAGGUGGGAGCCAAGCACAUUUUUAUAGCUUCAUUUUUUGAAGGUUUGCAGCGUAUAAUCUUAUUCACUGAAGAUGAAAAUGUUUUCAAAAUGACAUAUGAAAGUGAAAAAGUGGAAUUAGCAGAACAAGAAAUAAUUGUGUCAUUGCAAGAUGUUGGAAUUUCUUUAGUAAAUAACUAUUCAAGGCAGGAAAUUGCUUACAUUGGAAUCACAAGCUCUGAUAUAAUUUGGGAGACAAAACCCAAGAAAAAGUCAAGAUGGAAGCCACUAAGCGUGAAGCAAACUGACAAGCUGGAGAAAGAGUUUGUUGAAUACUGUGAUAACUCACCUACAGAAAAUAAAAUAGUGGAACUUGAUGAUAACAUUCCGCAGGUCUGUUUGACUCCUACUGGUAAUAACAUGAAAAUAUUGCAGCCAUAUGAAUUUCCUGUGAGAAGAAGCUUUUUGCCAGCUUUAAAAGUACAAUACAGUACCUCUGAACAUCAGUCUUCUUUCAGAGUUCAAAUCUAUAGAAUACAGAUACAAAAUCAGAUUCCUGGAGCCAUAUUUCCUUUUGUGUUCUAUCCCAUUAAACCUCCCAAGUCCAUCUCAUUGGAUUCAGAACCCAAGCCAUUUACUGAUGUCAGUAUUGUGAUGAGAACUGCAGGACAUUCUCAAAUAUCACGCAUAAAGUAUUUUAAAGUUUUAAUUCAAGAGAUGGAUCUCCGAUUAGAUCUUGGUUUCCUUACUGCGCUGUCUGAGUUUUUUACACAUGUUGAUGAACUUCCCAAAGACCAAGAGAUUGAACUUUUUAAAAAGGAUGUAGAAUCUGCACAGGAAGAAUUAAAGAAUGCAGUAUCAACUGACACAUCACAAAUCAGUUUAUAUGAAUAUUUUCAUAUCUCUCCAAUCAAGCUGCAUUUAAGCUUUUCACUCAGUACUGGUAGAGAAGAGAACAACAAGGACCAAAAAUGCAAGGAACUGAUUCCGGUUCAGUCCUUAAACCUCUUGUUAAAGAGCAUUGGUGCCACACUUACAGAUGUGCAGGAUGUUGUUCUUAAGUUGGCUUUCUUUGAACUGAACUAUCACUUCUGUACUACCCAAGGAUUGCAGUGGGCAGUUAUCAUGCAUUAUUCAAAGCAGGCUAUUAAACAAAUGUAUGUUCUUGUUCUUGGCCUGGAUGUUUUGGGCAAUCCAUUUGGAUUCAUAAGAGAUUUGUCUGAAGGAGUUGAAGCAUUUUUUUAUGAGCCUUAUCAGGGGGCUAUCCAGGGUCCAGAAGAAUUUGUAGAAGGAAUGGCACUAGGAUUAAAAGCUUUAGUUGGGGGUGCUGUUGGUGGACUAGCUGGUGCUGCUUCAAGAAUAACUGGUGCUAUGGCUAAAGGAGUAGCAGCAAUAACUAUGGAUGACGAUUAUCAGCAGAAACGACGGGAAGCAAUGAAUAAGCAACCUGCUGGCCUGAAGGAGGGCUUUACUCGUGGAGGAAAAGGCUUAGUAUCUGGUUUUGUCAGUGGCAUAACAGGAAUAGUAACCAAACCAAUAAGAGGAGCCCAAAAGGAAGGAGCAGCAGGUUUCUUCAAAGGAGUUGGAAAAGGAUUAGUAGGAGCAGUGGCAAGGCCUACUGGAGGAAUAAUAGAUAUGGCUAGUAGCACUUUUCAAGGAAUUAAAAGAGCCACAAAUGCUUCUGAAGAUGUCUUAAGCUUGCGUCCUCCACGCUUCUUUAGCGACGAUGGAGUCAUUAGACCAUACAGAUUAAGAGAUGGUGCUGGAAGUCAAAUGUUACAGAAUAUUGAAAAUGGAAGAUUUGCAAAACUGCGAUACUUUACACAUGCAAUGGUUAAUAAUACAGAUUUAUUAAUGGUCACAAAAAGUGGCAUACUGUUUGUGACAAGAGGUACGUUUGGACAGUUAACAUGUGAAUGGCAGUACACGUACGAUGAAUUUACCAAGAAACCAUUCAUUAUUGAUGGACGAAGGUUGCGCAUUGAAGCAAAGGAACGAGUGAAGUCUGUAUUUCAUGCCAAAGAAUUUGGAAAAAUAAUUAAUUUUAAAACACCAGAAGAUGCAAAGUGGAUCCUCUCUAAGCUGGAAGAAAAAGUAAAGGAGAUUCAACCAAAACUAUGACCAGUUGAAGAAAAUCAGAACAUUGUAGUUGUUUUAUAUUUCAAAGCAUGUGAGACUAUUUAAAUACAAAGAGAUUGACACGGUAAUUUUGUGUAUUUAAAUCAAUUGUUUUUUAAUCUUCUACAUACUAUUGAGUGAAAAAAGGUCAGCUUUAUCAAUAGGCGCAAGCAGCUCUAUUGCUGAAAGCUGCUAUUGAAUUCUGACUUAUUUGAUUUUGUAUUUAUAAAUAUUGUUUAAAUCUAAACUAAAUUGGUUUUAUUUUUAGAUCUGCCAUUUUUAAAUCAACAAGACCAAACAUCUUAGCAGAGUCUUAUGAUGUAGUAAUCAGGUUCUUCCAUGCUCAUAAUUCCUUUUAUUCUGUUUAUUUAAAAGUAAUGCUGUACUGAUACAUCCCAUUAAUAUUCACUGAAAUUCAGUUUAAUUCAGGAAGACUGAUUUAACCAGCAGUGUUCUGAUAUUACCUUGCUGACCUUGCUUUGUUUGAGAAGCUUUUUGUUUACUAAUAGAUAUAAAUACAUAUGUAUAUAAUGAGGUGAUUUAAUUUUUGAUACAGAUAAGUUUAUGGUACUGUAACACCAUUUUUAAUAAUCACAUUUUUAUAUAAUAAAAAAAUUAACAAAAUGUUCUGUUGUUACACAAUUAAGCAAAUAUCUAUCAAACAAAAUAAGAAAUUUUAGUGAUUUUUUGCAUGGCGGUGGUCAAAAUGAAGUCAGAAAACUAUCAACACAGCUUCAUGUUUUAAAGUACUAGUUCAUUUAGGCAUGAGCUAUAUUUGGGAUUUGAAGUCAGAAGCAUGUUUCAGAGUGAAUGGGGCUUAUAUCCCAUAUGUCAGCACCUCCGUAAAGAAACUGACUUUUUCUGGACUUGCUGAAGAACACCAGGAAUAUGCAUGUGUUUUUGUAGCCACUCUGAAGUACUGCAUCAGCUUUGAAUCAUAGUUUUUCAUUUAGGAAUGAGUUACAUUUUGGAUAUGAAGUCAAAAGUAUGUUUCAGAGUGAGCAUGUCUUGUAUCAUACCUCUUGGCAUCUCCUUAAAGCAGUGUUUCUUAACCUUGGCAACUUGAAGAUGUCCGGACUUUAACUCCCAGAAUUCCCCAGCC